AUGCCGGAAGGAGACGAUACCGGUGUAGAGGGUGGUGGAGAAGGUGAGGAGGAGACAAGGAGGGUUGUCGGACGAUUUUUGACGCAAAAGUUGAUAAAACUGGAUUUUAUGAGGCAGGUGUUAGCAUCAGUCUGGCAACCGGUGCAUGGGGUACAGGUAACGGAGAUCCAAAGGGGUUUGUUCUUGUUUGUUUUUUUCCACAAAACUGAUAUGGAUUAUGUUCUCAAUGGGGGUCCCUGGGCUUUUGAAAAUAAUGCACUUGUGUGUCGGGAGGUGAAAGACGGGGUGAAUCCAGUGGAUGUGGAGCUAGAUAUGAUUGAUAUGUGGGUACAGCUGCAUGACAUGCCAAAGGGGUACACGUCUCAUGCAAUUCUGGAACAGGCAGGGAAUUUUUUGGGCUCUUUUGUUAAGCAUGAUGAGAGAUUUGAAGGGGCGCCAUGGUUAACUUUUCACCGUAUUCGGGUGUCAAUUUCGGUUGAUAGGCCGCUUAGAAGGAGGAUGAGGUUGAUGAAGAGAGGUGGGACUACGGUAUGGGUCAAUUUUAGGUAUGAACGGCUGCAUAAGUUUUGCUACUUUUGUGGUUGUAUGGGGCACUUGCAUACUUUCUGCAUACACGCGAGGGAGGCUGGAAUUCUUGUCGAAAGGUACCUGUACGGUCCGGAUAUGCGAGUUGGUGGGUCCCGGAGCGCUCCUAGAGCGGUUGGGGAUAGCUGGCUUGUGCCGGUUGGCGGGAAACCACGACCACUGGGAGUCAAGCCACGUGUUGUUGGGUCAGUGGAUGGGGGACAGGGAAAUGGGGGUGUCACACCCAUGAGUAUGUCUGAGGAUGAGGUGGUGGUGGCUACGGCGAAGCGUCGUAGGCAUGGGACGGAGGGGGGAGAGGAUAGUGGAAAUGAUGAGAUGGAGACAAAGGUGCCACGGGUACAUGCAGAACGGAUCCGUGUUACGCUUGGGUAUGCGGGUUUGUUUUAUGUUGAUAACGAUGGAUUGAGUGGAGGAAUGACGCUUUUAUGGAAGAAGAAUAAUACGGUAAGACUAUUAAGCUACUCGCAGAGUCAUAUUGAUGUGGAAGUAAGCUUGUUUAAUAAGUUAUGGCGCAUGACAUGUAUCUAUGGUAUCCCCGAACGAAAUAGGUGGGAGGAGACAUGGGAUUUACUUCGCACUCUGAAGGAUAGAUCCUUGUUGCCCUGGGUGGUGAUAGGGGACUUUAAUAAUCUUCUAUAUCAGCCUGAGAAGAAGGGGGGAAAUCCGUAUCCUAAUAGUCUGUUACGGGGUUUCGGGGAUGCUGUGGAUGACUGUGGUUUGAUGCAAAUGCCAAGGAGAGGCCACCAAUAUACGUGGCAAAAGGGAAAGGGGACGCCGAAUUGGAUAGAGGAAAGGUUGGACAAGGCUCUAAUAACGAAUGAUUGGGGUUUGAUGAAUGAGAAUGCAUGGUUAGAGAACAUUCGAACCCGGGCUUCGGAUCACUCGAUCCUUUUCCUCAGUAUUAAUGCGAUUUGCAUGCCAAGGGGAAGGGGGCCGCGGAGAUUCAGGUUUGAGAUGGCUUGGCUGUUAGAUGAGGGGUGCAAAGAAGUAGUAGAAACGAGGCAAGAUGCCAUACGGAAUAGGCGAGAUUUGGUGGCACUAGCUGAGUACCAGCAGAUUGAGAAUUCCCUGAAACGAAUAAAGGCCCAGGAGGAUGUGUUCUGGAGGCAGCGAGCCAAGCAGUACUGGCUACGCGGGGCUGACGCAAACACAAAAUUCUAUCACAAGUAUGCCUCUGCACGUAGGAAAAAGAAUUUUAUUUCUAGUAUUAAAUGUGAUGCUGGUAACUGGGUGGAGGGGGAUGAUAUGCAUUCCACUAUACUGAAUUACUUUGACAAUAUUUUUGCCUCUAAUGGAUUGAGCUGUGAUGAUCCGCUAUUUGGGGUCCUAACCCCACGAGUCACAUUAGAACAGAGUAUGAUGCUAGACCGCCCUUUUGAAACUGAUGAGGUUAAAGAGGCUCUUUUUUCAAUGUAUCCGGAUAAGGCACCGGGUCCGGAUGGGUUAAACCCGGGUUUCUACCAGCAGUUUUGGGAGAUAGUGGGAGGAGAUGUAUUUGGCUUUAUAACGAAUGCGUUGAAUUCCUGUGUAUUCCCCGAGGGAUUAAAUGAUACUAACAUUGUUUUGAUCCCUAAGAAAGAGAUGCCUGAGACAGUUGCAGAUUUAAGGCCGAUUGCGUUGAAUAAUGUCAUUUACAGAGUUAUGGCCAAGAUGAUAGCAAAUAGGAUGAAAACACUAAUGGGAGGAUUAAUAUCAGAAUCCCAGAGUGCUUUUAUCCCGAGAAGGCUAAUCACUGACAACAUCUUGGUAGCGGCAGAGGUGGGGCAUUAUCUGAAUAGAAAGCAGUGUGGUGUAGUGGGUUGGGGUGCAUUGAAGCUAGAUAUGUCAAAGGCCUAUGACAGAAUGGAGUGGAACUUUCUAGAAAGGAUGCUGACUGUUAUGGGUUUUAGUGAGAAGUGGAUAAAGCUCAUUAUGCUGUGUGUAACGACUGUUAGUUAUACUGUAAUGGUCAAUGGUAUAGCAGGGGGGCGUGUAAAACCAACCAGGGGACUUAGGCAGGGAAACCCUCUCUCUCCGUAUCUAUUUAUUAUUUGUGCAGAGGCUCUCUCGAUGAUAUUACAGUAUGAACAGUUGGCAGGCUCUAUACAUGGAUGCAGAGUAGCAAGGGGGGCACCGCCUGUAUCACAUUUAUUUUUUGCGGAUGAUAGUCUCCUAUUUUUUAAAGCAAAUAUCCCGGAAGCGGGAGUUAUAAGGCAGUGCCUUGCAAGGUAUGAGAAAUUGUCAGGCCAGGUGGUGAAUUAUAAUAAAUCUAAUAUAUGUUUUAGCAGAAAUACCCAGGAGAAUGACAGGGCACAGGUAGCGGAUUGUCUGGGGGUGGUGCAAGCACCCAAUUUUGGGAAAUAUUUGGGCCUACCUUCCUUUGUAGGGAGAAAUAAGAGAGCUGUUUUUUUCAUAUGUGGAGGAGAGGAUCAGGCAACGAAUUGGUUCGUGGAGUAA